GAGAUGAAGAGUAUCCUGAAGCUUAAGAAAAAGGUGAGUUCAGAGCCGAAGGCGGAGGAAAGUAGCAACACCCAGACUCACAAGGAUGUAAGCUGGAGACAGCCUGAGGAGGACUGCCUGAGGACGCCUGAGGACGUAAGCUGGAGACAGCCUGAGGAGGAUUCACCAAGCUCGGUCAACAAACAAUCACAGAUCGGAGAGAAUAAGAAAGGAACAACAAUGUUGACCGCCGCUCCUUCAGGCUGCAGUGGCAAGGACUCCACCAAAGAGAAGAAGAGUAUCCUGAAGCCUAAGAAAAAGGUGACUUUACAGCCGAACAUGGAGGACAGCAGCACCAUCGAGGACAGAAGCUGGAGACAACCCGAGGAGGACUACCCGAGCUCGGUCACCAACAGCCUCAACGAACAAUCACAGAUCGGAGACAAUGAGAAAGGAACGCUGAACGCCGCUCCCUCAGACUGCAGCAGUGAGAAAUCCGCCUUAAAGAAGAGUAUCAUGAAGCCUCUUAAAAAGGUGAGCAUACUGUUAAAGAUGGAGGACAGCAGCACCACCCAGAGCAGCUCUGUCGGGCCCAUACGCUGGGACAGGCCUGCAGAGGACUUAGAUACUUCCAGCUCGGUCCCCAGUAGAAAGGCCAACACCAGCAGCACCAACAAACAAUCACAGCAGCAUCAGAACAGCCUGAAGGAUCUACGCAGCCUGCAGGAGUGUGUGCAGUUCAUCAACAACUGGAAGGAGCAGGUGGACCAGGUCUGCAAGCAGGGUGGUGGUGAUGAUGAUCCAAAGGAGGGCAACAGUAAGAGAGAACCCGAGACUACAGACCGGCGUACUGAGCGCAGUCUUGAGGAGAGCAGGAAACUGAUCCUGGAGUGGGCUAAUGAACUCCGGGACGUCGACAAGCGCCUGAAGGAGACCCCCUGGACCGAGAGUCAAGAACAAGAUAAUAGAAAAUAUAAGGAUGCCAACGAAGAGGCACAAAUGAGGAUCAUGGAGUGGGCGAAGGAGCUUCAGAUGGCGACUGAGAGUUGCGGCGUGCAGAGUGACGAGCUGGCUAAAGUGUUGCGUCUGCUGGGCCUGAAGAAAAAACGUCUGGGCAACCUUUUGCCUCUGCUGGAGUUCAUCACCUGGUCUCUGCUCAAAGAAGACAGCAUGACAAUGAUUCCACAGUUAUGGCUACUGGAAAAGCAAAAGAUGUGGAAAGCAGGAAUUCCCAGAUACAUCCCCAGUUCAGUCUGGAGUUGGAUUUGCAGCGCAGAAGCUGAUGUGCUUCUCGACCCAAAUACCCAACACCGCUGGCUGAACCUGUCAGAUGACCAUCGUCAGGUCCAGGAGGCCCAUAAAGAGUCCCCCCUGCCUGACAGCCCCCAGCGAUUCGACACUUGGACAUGUGUCCUAGGAUGGGAGGGCUACAGCAGCGGCCGCCACUACUGGGAGGUAGACAUAGCCAACAAUGGCUACUGGCGCGUGGGGGUGACCACCGGUGACUCCAAACGUCAUGGUCGGUUCCCAAUGACGCCAAGGCAGGGCUACUGGACCCUGUGGCGCAGCAUACACAAGUUCUACGCCUGCACCAAUCAGGAGACAGAGCUUCCCAUUAGCCUCGUGCCUCGACGUAUGGGGAUCUACUUAGACCACGAAGAGGGCCAGAUCUCCUUCUACAACGCAGAAACAAAGUCCCACAUCUACACCUUUGUUGGAUCCUUCAGAAGGCAGAAGCUGUACCCUCUGUUCGUCCCUCUGGAUGGUCGCACACGCAUGACUAUCACCUCACCAAAGAAAGUCUCCUUUUGAGAGAGGUGACUGCUCUUACUGGACACUUAAAAAAAAACCUUAACAAAAACUGCAAGAUACAGAAAACAAAAUGUGUAUGUUUGUCAUCUGUUAGAUUUUAAAUUAAUUGGAAAAUAUUUAAGAUUUCAGAUGAAUUUCCUUUCCUUAAUGUUACUUUAAAUGCAUCUGUCAGUUUUUAAACUAGAUUUUAAAUCUCUUAGUGUCGGUUAAAAACUGACUCUGAACAAAAAACACAUCAAAGUGCUGAUGACAUUAUUAUAGACAAAGUUGAAAGAUGUAUCAGAACAUAGCACUCUAAGAAAAAUGUAAAUU